UUGACAUAUUUCUGUUCAAAUGUGUCUGCUGAUAUUGAUCAUAAUACAAUAAACGAUGAUGGAUCGUUCUCUUUUCGACACGAAAAUGAUGACAUUGGCGGCUACUAUCACAGCGCCUCUGGCACUCCAGACAAAAUUGUACGAGGCCGUUAUGGUUCGCGUAAUCCAGCCACUGGACAAGUGGAAGAAAUUGUCUAUACGGCAGGUCCACGUGGUUUCCGUGUGAAUGGUCCAAAAAUACAUCGAAAAAUGAGUUUGGUACAAUAUCCAGUACCACCCAUUGGCAGUCCAGAUGAUCCUUUAGCAGAUCCAUAUGAUGAUCCUACAUACAGUUUUAACUUUAGAACACCCGAUCAAUCACGUUCAGAAGAUAAAGACUCAACUGGUAGAGUAAGAGGUCUGUAUUCAUAUAUUGAUGACGUGGGCGAGCGUCAUAGUGUACGCUAUGCAGCUGGUGCAGGCACUGGAUUUGAAGUUUCGAAUGCAGUACCGGACAGUCCAUCUAAUGUCGGCUAUACAUCCCCACUUUACAAAGCACCACCAAGAACUCGUGGUCGAAUGACUGUGCAACGUGGUCCUGGCGGUAGUUAUAAACUUAUAGCUGCUGGACCAGAUCAUCGCCGUGCAGAAAGUCGCGCCACAGAUGGUGUAGUUAGAGGCACAUUUUCUUACUUGGACGAUGUCGGAGUACAACGAACUGUUGAAUAUAUAGCUGGCGCUGGUAUAGGCUACAGAGUGCUAAAAAAUAGAGUAGGUCCUGGCACACACAUCAAUCCAUCUAUAAGUGACUUUCGCUUAAGCGAUACAGAUUUCAAAUUAGCAAAUGAUUUUGGCACUGGCGUUGGAGGUGGUCUCAGUGCAACUGAAACAUCGAGCAGACGUGGUGGCGGCGCUAGCAUUAGCAGCAAUAGAGGCGGGACAGCAACAACAACUGUUACUAGGAUCGGUGGUGGUAGUAGUAGUAGUGGUUAUGAUGUGAAUGCACGUGGCGGCACUAGAACUGAUAGUGAAAGCAACACUGUUAGUAAAAGUCGACCAGGUAGCAAUUUUGAUGCAAGCAGCAGCUCAUCAGGUGAUAAUUUUCGUCCAGGAAGUAAUCGAAAUCGAGGUGAAGAACGUACUGGCACCGAUUUUGGAGAAAAAGUUCGUACUUCUGACGGUGGUAGCAGUGUAAGAGGCAGUAACGUUAGUCGCUUUGGUGGCAGUAGUGGCAGAGGAGGUACAAGUACUACCUCAAACACUAAUUUAUCAACAAGCAGUAGUAGUAGUAGUAGUGAUAGAAGUAAUACAAAUAAUUAUAAAUUUGAAGAGGAUGAUUUUGGCUCACUGUCGCCAUUAAUAACUGCAAAUCGUAAAAUACUUGAAAUUGAUCGUGAACGCGAUUGGGUGGAAAAACAUCGUGAUUCUACGAUCAUUAAAAAUGUAGGGAAAUGGUACAUUGGCUUGCCAGCGGGUCAAAGCGUACGUGCGCAUGUGCAAAAUAUUGACUUAACUCCGCUUGGCGGAAGACGUGGACUUUCACCAUCCGAAGCAUUACGGCAAGAUGAAAUUGCUGACAUGGUGGCAUCGUAUGAAAGUGAAGCAUCUUAAGAGAACUUCUUUGCAAAGAAAUAUUUUCAGAUAUUAUAUAUUGAUAUUUAGCUUUAAGUAUAAUUGUAACUGAGAAGAGAUAAUCAGAAAGGUUAGAUUAUUAUUGCCAAUUAUAUCAAAACUUUUUUUUUACAAUUUAUU